GAAAGGAAAAACAUGGAGUCAGACUACAGCGGACCUUUGCCUGAGGCAGCUCUGAAUAAUCCCUGAAGCUUCUUUUGGUUGUGCCUCUGAGUGUGUGUGUGUGUGUGUGUGUGUGUGUGUGUGUGUGCAUGUAUCUCUUUACCUGUGUGUUUCCAUGUUCAUCUGUGGGUUCCCAUGCAUAUCUGUGUAAAAUCUUCCUGCAUCUCACAAGCUGUGAGGUCACAGGUGGUGAUUUAAACCAUUUGACCUUCAUUUUCCUUGUCUGUAUAAUGGGGAUAAUAGUACCUUCCACUAAAAGUGAGUACAGUGGCAAGAUGAAAAUGCACAUAAGCCUCUUAACACAAUUUUUAGUAUUCCUGUGUUAGGCUAUUGUUACUAGAUGCCUUAUGCAAGUUACUUAGCCUCCCUGUGCCUCAGUUUCCUCAUGUGUACAUUGGGGAUAAUACCAGAACCCAGUGUUGUUGGACGGAUUAGGGAAGUUGAAAUCUGCAAAGUACUUAGCACGGUGCCCUAAGUUUUAGUGAUUGUAAUGCCUAUUAUCUUUCCGUGCACGGUUGUGUCUGGGUGAGAAUCUCUGAAUCUGUGAAUGUCUCUGGGCAAGUCUCUCUGCUCAUGUGUGUAUAUAUGUAUGUGCAUAUGGUUGUAUCUGUGUUUAUAUGGCCAGGCAGCCCCGGGCCUCCUGUCUCUGGGUGGAGUUUGCUGUUGGCCCAAACCUGGACUCCCUGAGCCAGCCAGGCCGGCGCUAGGGAUGGAAUUUCCAUUAAGAAUUAAACAGGACAGUACUGGGAAGCCAGGCAGACAGAGGGGAGGGGGUCAAGGGGGAUGAUGUUCCAGCUCUGAGUUCCCUUGGGCAGCCUCAAUUCUGAACUGCCUUAGACAAGGUCUCUGCCACCUUUGCCUUCGAGUCGCAGGCCUUGCUGGAGCCAUGGCCCAGAAAGAUGGGCAAGGAGAGAGGAGUUGCCUGCGGUGGCCUCUGUAGGGAGAUUUGGAGUUGCUGCAGCCAAGACUGGAGCCAUGAGGCGGCCUCCCGGGAAUGGAGAGGCGGCCAGCGAGGGUAUAGGCGGCUGGGGCCUAUGGGGACGACAGGAGGCCAGGAGGCUCGGCUGUGCCGGUCACGACCACUGCAGGCAGGCUUUGCUGCAGAUUGGGAUCAACAUGAUGGCGUUGCCUGGAGGCCGCCACCUGGACUCCAUCCCUCUGCCGGGUCAGCGGCUGCACCUGAUGCAGGUGGACUCGGUCCAGCGCUGGAUGGAGGACCUGAAGCUCAUGACCGAGUGUGAGUGCAUGUGCGUCCUGCAGGCGAAGCCCAUCAGCCUGGAGGAAGAUGCACAGAGUGACCUCAUCCUGGCCGGUGGCCCUGGCCCUGGAGACCCCUUGCAGCUGCUUCUCAAGAGGGGCUGGGUCAUCAGCACUGAGCUGCGCAGGAUCGGGCAGAAGCUGGCCCAGGACCGCUGGGCACGCGUCCACAGCAUGAGUGUGCGUCUGACUUGCCAUGCCCGCUCCAUGGUCAGCGAGUACAGCGCUGUCAGCAGGAGCUCCUCGCAGGAGAUGGGCCAGAUUGAGAAACUGCUAAUGGAGAAAUGCUCAGAGCUCUCAGUGGUCACAGAGAGGUGCCUCCAGGUGGAGAAUGAGCACGUCCUGAAGUCGAUGAAGGCCUGUGUGAGUGAAACCUUGAGCACACUGGGCCAGCACUUUGGCCAGCUGCUGGAGCUGGCCCUGACCCGGGAGGUACAGGCACUGGUGAGAAAAAUCAAUGCCUCAGACAAUAUCUACACCACGGAAUCCACCACAGGGAACCUGUUCAGCCUGACCCAGGAGGGGGCUCCCUUGUGCCGCAUCAUCGCCAAGGAGGGUGGUGUCGUAGCCCUCUUCAAAGUCUGCCGGCAGGAUAGUUUCCGGUGCUUGUACCCCCAGGCGCUCCGCACGCUGGCCUCCAUCUGCUGUGUGGAAGAGGGUGUCCACCAGCUGGAGAAGGUGGACGGUGUUCUUUGCCUGGCCGACAUCCUGACCGAUGACAGCCACUCAGAGGCCACACGGGCUGAGGCUGCGGCUGUGGUUGCCCAGGUCACCUCCCCACACCUGCCCUUUACUCAGCACCUCGGCAGCUUUCUGGAGAGCAUGGAAGAAAUCGUGACAGCUCUUGUCAAACUGUGCCAAGAGGCGUCGUCUGGGGAAGUCUUCCUGCUGGCUUCUGCGGCCCUUGCCAACAUCACCUUCUUUGACACGAUGGCCUGCGAGAUGCUUCUGCAGCUGAAUGCCAUCCGUGUCCUCCUGGAAGCUUGCAGCGACAAGCAGAGAGUGGAUACGCCUUACACCCGGGAUCAGAUUGUGACCAUCUUGGCAAACAUGUCUGUCCUGGAGCAGUGUGCCUCUGACAUCAUUCAGGAGAACGGGGUCCAGCUUAUCAUGGACAUGCUGUCCGAGAAGCCAAGGUCUGGAACCCCUGCCGAGGUGGCGGCUUGUGAGCGAGUCCAGCAGAAGGCUGCCGUGACCCUGGCCCGUCUCAGCCGAGACCCAGCUGUGGCACGGGAGGCCGUGCGGCUGAGCUGCUGCUCUGCGUAGACUGGCUGGAGUUUGCCCGGAAGGCCUCCAGGACUCCGACUUCCAGCAACUGGUCCAGCCCCGGCUUGUGGACUCUUUCUUACUCUGCAGCAACAUGGAGGAGAGCUUUGUGUAGGAAGGGUGGGAGAGGAAAGCCAUUUGGCCCCCUUCUCAUGCCCCCUCUGAGUACAUUCCUGCGAUCAACCUGAGUACCCAUCAGCUCCCUCACCUCUUUAUUUAUACUUAAUUUAUUUUUUACAUGAAAUGGACAAGGGCUAAAUACUCUAGUAACAUCAGGCAGUCUGUGGUCCUAGGAGUCUUUUUUGUUUUUAUUUUUGACUUCUGUGACUUUUCAGUUGCAGAUGUUGAAAUGCAUAGUGACUAAUAUGGCAGACUGUCAUGGGCGAUUUCCCUUCAUCUUGCUUUCUCUAUUUUCACUAUGUAACCUUGCCUCCUUCUCCUCCACUUUGGAACCAGGGUAUGCUAACUGCCCAGCAGUCUUUUGGCUUUUUUUCUUUUUAAGUUGGCUUGCUCCUUUCUAAAAGAUUUUAAAUAAAUUUCAUAGUUGGACAGAA